AUGCAUCACCAAGUGUACCUUGCUCGAGCACACCUCUUCCAACCAGUCAGACAACAAGGAGCUGGCCAGACGAUUUACCUGCUUACAUUUGAGGAGAAGAUGGAAGAUUUUACAUUUGAGGAGAAGAUGGAAGAUUAUAUAUAUUUCUGCUACAAGGGUGUGAAUUACAGUGGCUACUACGAUGACUACGAAAUAUGUAAUAUUGAGGAUAUAAACUAUCUGGGAGUUCAAUUGUCCUUCAUUUACUAUUUCAUGUUUCUCUUCGGUCUGGUUGGCAACGUGCUGGUCCUGGUCAUCAUCCAUCGGUUUGAGAGGCUGACCACUGUGACCAACAUUUUUCUGCUGAACCUCGUGGUGUCCUCCUUGAUCUUCAUAAGCAGACUUCCAUUCAAGGCAGUGUACAUGCAGCUCUCUAACUGGAUCUUUGGUAACGUUAUGUGCAAGAUUGUAGGAAGUGUCUACUACCUGGGCUUUUACAGCUCUGGCCUGUUUCUGGCUCUCCUGACCUUUGACCGACACCUUGCAGUUGUUUACUCCUUGGGUGCGCCACGAUUGAUAAAUCAACGCUGUGCGUUACUCUGCUGCGCUGUGGUGUGGCUGGUCAGCAGUCUGGCGUGUAUCCCGUGGAUGAUUCUAUAUGAAGCUUUUCAUGAUACCCUUGACAACACAACAUUCUGUUACAUAUAUCCAGAUUACUUCACAUAUAUUAAUCUGAGAUAUCCUGCAUUUUUUCGUCAGCUUUUUAUUUUCUUGCUCUUUCCUCUGGUUGUUAUUGUGUACUGCUACAUUAGGAUUGCUAUCACUGUCAUAACAUCAAAAUCAGUUACCAAGUUCAAAACAGUCAGGUUGAUUUUUGUCAUUGUCCUGUUAUUUUUUAUUUCCUGGAUCACAUACAAUGUUGUUGUACUACUGGAUGACAAUGAACCAAUGUCCUGUGAAGGAAUUUAUAGGAGGAUUUAUGUAGAACAAAUUACCAACAUUUACUUCUGCAUCAGUCCCAUCUUCUUUACAUUUGUUGGGGAAAAGUUCCAAAACUAUUUCAGACAGAUGGUGGUAAAACGCUUCCCAGGGUUAAAGAAGUAUAUUUCCGUCGAUCAGGCCAUGCCCACAGAAAGUACACAAAAUGAAUUGAGCAGUGUCAUGGCACACUCACUCUAG